AGGUUCUACUUAAGGCUUAACAAUUACAUUAAACACUGCUUAGAUUAAUGUUUAUACAAUAUCUUACAUUCCUUGUGUUUUAAAAGGGACAAGAAGCUCAACCAAGACUUCAGUUGGAGGCAAACCCCACAUGUAGGCAUGUAGCUGAAGUUAGCUACUAAACAUCAACAGGAAGAGGCUGAUAAAGUCAAGUUUUCUGCACUUUGAGCUCUGCAGGACCAGCCAUGAAUUGUACUCUGGAGAAAGUCCUGGCAGAUGCCAAAUCGUUAGUGGAAAGGCUUCGUAACCAUGACAACGCUGCUGAGAUGUUAAUUGAACAGACAACAUCUUUGAAUAAGCGAGUGGACGCCAUGAAACAGUACCAGGAGGAGAUUGAUGCACUGAACCAGGUCGCACGGCAUCGGCCUCGAUCCAGUCUGGUUUUAGGAAUCCAGCAGGAAAACCGUCAGAUUAGAGAGCUCCAGCAGGAAAACAAAGAGCUACGAAUGUCACUGGAGGAGCACCAGUCUGCGCUGGAGCUCAUCAUGACCAAAUACAGGGAGCAGGUUUUUAGACUCCUCAUGGCCAGCAAGAGGGACGACCCCGCCAUCGUCACCCAGCUGAAGGAGCAGCACACCACGGAAAUGCAAGCGCACAUAGAUAAGAUUAACGAGAUGGCCUCUGUCAUGAGGAAAGCAAUAGAGGUGGACGACGGGCGGGUAUGUGAAGACGAGGAGAGGAUCAAACAAUUAGAGCUGGAGAAUAGUGGACUCAGGGAGCUGCUGGGAAUCAGUCGUGAGGCGUUCCUGGUCCUGAAAAGGGACGACCCAUCAGAGAGUACGUCGCUAUCGCCUCUGAUGACCAGCGGUGACGUUAGUUUACGGAAAAGCUAGAGUCCAAGCUCCGCAGCAGCCGCAACAGUGUACAGAAUGUACAGUUUAAUGCCACUUACCAACAUCAGCUUUCAGCCCCCAGACUCUUAAGGCAAACUCUCUUACAGCAUGUUGCUCCAGAGCCGCCAUUCUGUCUGGUUUAUUCAGACGCAAGCUUUACACCCCUUUACCUUUUUGUUUUUGUUUGUGUUUCAGCAAUUUCUGCCUUUUUUUUGCCAGCAUGCGUGAUUCUUUGGUGCCUGUGAGGUUUUAAAGUAUGAAUGAAUGAUAGAAAAGCCUAACUUAAAAUAAAUCUGAGAUUAUAAGA